UUUGACAACUGACAACUAUCAUAAAGAUGGCCGCGCUUAGAGUGUUUAGUCGAAAUAUACCAUAUUUACGACAACAAUUUUCGGCAUUAUUAGGAAACACAUCGCCAUCAGUGAAAUUUAUUUGUGUUGUAGUGAUAAUAGGCUAUAUUUUGUCAUUUUCCGAAGAUGUUGUGAACGUUCUAAGUGUUACUCCCGGAUAUUUGUUGCCACCUUCUUUUCAAUUGUGGUCUACUUUCACGUUCUGGUUUUUAGAAAUACAUCUAUGGGAAGUGAUUAUAGACAUAGUUACAGUGGGAUUAUGUGGAAAGCUAAUAGAACCAUUAUGGGGUCAAAUGGAAAUGAUGAAAUUUUUCUUUCUCACGAAUAUAGGUGUAGCUUUCUUGACAACCUUCUACUAUUUGCUGAUAUUCUCAUGGACCCAAGACACCUCGUUAUUAUUUGAUAUUCAUGUCCAUGGUCUAGCCGGAUACCUCGCGGCCGUAAGUGUAGCUGUGAAGCAGAUAAUGCCAGAUCACUUGCUAGUUAAAACACCAUUAGGUAAACUUACAAACAGAUCUGUGCCUUUAUUGGUGCUCAUAGCGGCCAUUAUAUUGUGGGCCAUUGGAGCACUUGAGGGCACAUAUCCGUGCAUGUGGGGCAGCGGGACUCUCCUCUCCUGGACCUACCUGAGGUUCUGGCAGAGGCACAGCAGUGGCACCCGCGGUGACAUGGCAGAUAACUUCAGUUUUGAUAAUUUCUUCCCUACAGUGCUUCAGCCAGUGAUUCGUGGAAUACUGGGGCCAGUUCAUAGAUGUUGCGUGCGGAUCGGCGUGUGCUCGCCCAGUCCGCGUCGCGUGCACCUGGCUAUGAGCUCACGAGGCGUGACCAUUUCCAUGCCCGGCGUAGAACCUCAAGACAUGGAAAGGAGGAGACAAAUAGCUCUAAAAGCACUAAGCGAGAGAUUAUCAAAGACUUCAGAGCAAACAAGACAGAAAAAUCUAUCAACAAAGGUAAACAUGGAAGCAGUUAGGAAGAUGCAGUCAUCACAUGUGAUACCGCAAUUCCCUGCCGAAGCUGACUCUAACCAGCCAACAGUCCCCGCAGAGGCUACAUUGGUGGACAUCAGCACAGAGCCUCCGCCACCCACUACCAAAACAUCAUGAUUAUAGUCCAAAAAAUAUCAUAAGAGACGACAGUUCAGUGUUAGAAACUUAAGUUUUAAAAAACUUCAUUGACUUAUAAAAAUGUUAUUGUUAAUUUUUAAUUCAUAAUUUAAUUCUAGUUUUUGCUCCUUAUCUUUGUGCAAAAUUCUAGAGCCCUUUGAUUGUAUUAUUUCCUCAAUUUACAAUUAAUGAAAUAUAUCUUGUUACAAAAUUGCAUUUAAUAUUUUCUAAUCUAACACUGGCUGUGAAUAUUUUUAGUAUUGGUUAUUUAAUUUGUAUGACUGUGGUACUUGAAGGGACAAAUAGCAAAUACAAUAGGCCAGCCAUUCUCAAAGGGUGCUUCGCGUACCUUGUAGGGGCUCCGCAAGCGAUACAGAAAUUAUUUUUGGAAAUGUCAUCAGACACCAGCAUGGAGACAAUUCAUUCAAAGACAAAACAUUCUCUUUGGCGGUCUGUCAAAAAUAUAAAUUUUAAGAAGUUAGUUUCCAUUGUUGCCAAUACAGUUUGAGAACCACUACAGUAGGCAAUACAGUUUGCCUAUGCAAACUGUAUUGCCUACUGCAGCCGAUCUCAUGGUUAUCGAGUUGCGUACAUAUAAACUGUUUUGAUUAAACUUAAGUAAAUUAAACAAGCACAUUUGACAUGUAGACAAAGUGUUCCUUAAAAGUUUUACUAUUUGUUCCUUGUGCAAUGUAUGUGAGCAAUUUCAUUAUUUAAUGUAAUAGUAUUACUGAGGAUAAAAAGGUGUGAGGUGCGUGUAUAUUAUUAAGUGUAAAAUUUCAUUUCAAAUACUGAUAGAUGAUACAAAAUAUAUUAAAGUCAUUUGUGCGUGCGCUUUAAUUUCCAAGCAGUAACGCGACCUCAAAAUAAGCUUUCGGUUUUUUAUAUUACACAAAAUUGCUUGUUACUCGGCAGCGCCAAAAUUUGUUUGUCGAGCAGUAAAUAUUUCCAAGAUAAUGGGUGGGUUGCACCUCUCUUCUAUGUCUAUGUCGCACUCUUAUAUCUCCACAUCAAAAUUACAACAAAAUCGGUUCGUCAGACACGCCAUGCAUUUAUAAUAUUAGUGUGGAAGGCUUUAUAAUGCCGCGCGCAUAAUUUAUAAUUAUUAUCUGUAUGCAACAACUAAAGCGUUUGCUGCAUUAAGGAGUGAGCACACUGAGACGAGCCGUGCCG